AUGAAGACCACAUUCUACCUAAGUUUGCUGCUGGCUGGGUUUCACACUGUUGCCCACAGUCAGCUCCCACCCAGUGACCAAAAUGGACAUGACCCAAAUGACCCUAAACACCACAUACAUCAUGGAGGUGAAGCGAUGGCUUGCCUCAGACUUGUGCCCAACAACGCUGACUUUGCAUUCCAGUUUUUUAGGGAGGUUGCACAGGAGGCACCAAAUAAGAACAUUUUCUUCUCUCCUGUGAGCAUCUCCACUGCCUUUGCAAUGCUGGCCCUCGGGGCCAGAUCAGCCACAAAGUCUCAGAUCCUGGAAGGACUCGCCUUCAACCUUACAGAGAUUCAGGAGAAAGAGAUACAUGAAGGCUUCCACAACCUAAUCCACAUGCUGAACCAUCCUGAGGGUGGAGUCCAGCUCAACAUGGGGAAUGCCAUCUUUGUAACAGAGAAGCUGAAACUCCUAAAAAAGUUCUCAGAUGAUGCCAAGGCUCUGUAUCAGCUGGAUGCUUUUACAACUGACUUUAACAAACCCACAGAAGCUGAAAAGCAGAUCAAUGAUUAUAUAGAGAGGAAAACACAUGGGAAAAUUACUAAUUUGGUCAAGGACAUGGACCCACAAACUGUAAUGCUUCUGGCUAGCUUUGUUUUCUUUAAAGGCAGCUGGGAAAAGCCUUUCAAAGCAGAGCAUACUGAAGAAAGGGAGUUCUUUGUGGAUGCUGAAACAACUGUGAAAGUCCCUAUGAUGUACCAGAUGGGCAGAUUUGACUUCUACUUUGAUGAGGAGCUGUCAUGCACUGUGGUACGGCUGCAUUAUAAUGGCAGUGCUACUGCAUUUCUGGUUCUGCCUGCAAAAGGGGAAAUGAAGAGUUUAGAGCAAACUCUGGACAAGGAAACCAUCCAGAAAUGGUCAGACCAUCUCUUCCAGAGGUCUAUGAACCUCUAUUUCCCCAAAUUUUCUAUUUCUGGGAGCUAUGAAAUAAGUAACACCCUUAGGAAGAUGGGAAUUGUGGAUGUGUUCACCAACCAGGCAGAUCUCUCUGGCAUCACUGGCACCCCAGAUCUGAAGGUUUCCAAAGUUGUCCACAAGGCUUCUCUGGAUGUUGAUGAGAAAGGUACUGAGGCAGCAGCAGCAACUGCUGUUGAAAUAAUGCCAAUGUCUCUUCCUCCAACCAUUGAAUUCAGCCACCCCUUCCUCAUGCUGAUUUUUGACAGAGAUACAAACAGUACACUCUUCAUAGGAAAAAUAGUUAACCCAACUAGUUGA